AUGCCUAAGUUCUCUUUAGACGAACCUUUAACACCAGAAGAAUUAAAUCAAAGUCGUCUUUUUUGGUGCAGAAUUGUUCAACACUCUUGGUUCAACAAAGAAAUACAAAUUCUUUCUAGCGGAGAAUUAUUACCUCGAUCAAAUCCAAUUAUAAGGCUAACACCUUUUAUAGACAAUAACGGAUUAUUAAGAGUUGGUGGAAGAUUACAUCAUGCCAAGAUCGAUACAGAAGCUAAACAUCCGAUAAUCUUACCAAAGCGUUCGCCCUUAACUACUUUAAUUAUAACAGAGGCUCAUCAUAGGACUCUUCAUGGAGGCACACAACUAACAUUAGGUUUAAUAAGAAGAUCUUAUUGGAUAUUAGGUGGAAGAGCACCAGUACGAUCCUUUGUACUUCGUUGUGUACGAUGUACACGAUAUCGAGGUACAAGAGCACAACAGCUUAUGGGCCAAUUACCAUCACCUCGUGUGAUACCAGCUAGACCUUUUGUAAAUUCCGGUGUCGAUUACGCUGGUCCUGUGUCUAUCAAAACAUGGAGAGGACGGACAGCACGUACUUAUAAAGGAUAUUUGGCCAUUUUUGUCUGUCUCGCGACAUCGGCUGUACACAUUGAAGUAGUUACGGAUUAUUCCACGGAGGCUUUCAUAGCUACUUAUAAACGCUUUACCGGCCGAAGAGGUAUUUGUGCUACUCUCCAAAGUGAUUGUGGUACUAAUUUCAUAGGUGCUGACGCUGCUUUACGGGAAAGAUUUUCAACAACUUCCAAGGAUCUACAUGAUCUUGCUAAACUUAUAGCGAAUGACGGUACAAGAUGGAACUUCAACCCUCCUUCAGCCUCACAUUUUGGAGGUAAGCUUUGGAGGGAAGCUGCAGUAAAAUCAACAAAAUUUCAUCUUAUGCGAGCAAUAGGAGAAACUCUUUUUACAUAUGAAGAGCUAACGACUUUAAUGGUACAAAUUGAGGCUGUGCUAAAUUCGAAGCCACUUUAUCAACUGUCAGAUGAUGUUAGCAAUUAUUCUGCCCUCACACCUGGACAUUUCCUUAUUGGCGAGGCUCUUGCAGCAGUUCCGGAACCUGAUUUGUCAUCUGUACCUAUUUCACGUUUAUCUCGAUGGUAA